AUGCGAGUAGUGAGCGUACUUCUGCGCGACGAUUCUGCAGGUAUGCCCCCGCCCCCACCCCUUUGCAGCACAAGUAGCCGCUUGUUUUCCAUCUUCCUGGAGAACUUGUCCGUCAUUAACCCUGGCAGGUUUGGAUCCUUUGGACUUACAGCUGUGGGUAUGUAUGCCAUCUAUACGUCUGAUGGUGGUACGGAAGAUCAUUCCACAUCUGUGGCCACGAUCAGUCACCCGCGCCCCGCCGCUCAAAGAAAACAAAACCUCCCAGCCAAGCGUGGCCGGGCUCAAGACUCCUAG